CUAUGAUGUAAGUUUGACAAAUGGUGUAGCUACACAUGCCACGUAGCGGUGCCAUGCACUGGUUAACUACGCUCUUAUACAUCAUUCAAAGACAAAACAACAGUAAAAAAACCUCAAGCAGCCAUGGAUACCGCAAGUGCAGCACCUUUGCACAUAGCAAUAUUUCCAUGGUUUGCUAUGGGCCACCUAACCCCAACACUUCACCUAUCCAACAAGUUAGCACAGAGAGGCCACAGAAUCUCCUUCAUACUUCCAAAACGAACACAAACCAAACUACAACACCUCAAUCUUCACCCACACCUCAUCACCUUUGUCCCCAUCACAGUUCCUCGAGUUGAUGGUCUUCCCCAUGAUGCUGAAACCACUUCAGACUUGCCCUUAUCUUUGUUCCCACUUCUUGCCACUGCUUUGGACCGUACAGAGAAGGACAUCGAGCUUCUCCUAAGGGAUCUGAAGCCACAAAUUGUUUUCUUCGAUUUCCAACAUUGGCUACCGAAGCUGACACGAAGCCUAGGCAUCAAGAGUGUCUUGUACUCUAUAGGUCUUCCAUUAUCAACAGCGUACCUCAGAAGCGGACGAAGACAGAGCCAAGGAAGAGAAAUAACUGAAGUUGAUCUAAUGGAACCGCCUCAGGGGUUCCCUGAUGCAUGCCUCAAGUUUCAUGCACAUGAACUUCGAUUCCUCGCUUCCACAAGGAAAGUCAAGUUUGGAAGUGGUGUUCUUCUGUACGAUCGGUUAGAGAUUGGUACAAGCAUGGCAGAUGCAAUUGGAUUCAAAGGUUGCAAGGAAAUUGACGGGCCUUAUGCGGAGUAUCUUGAAAAAGUGUUUGGGAAGCCUGUUCUUCUUUCGGGUCCUCUUCUACCUGAGCCACCAAACUCUACUUUGGAGGAAAAAUGGGUUGCAUGGCUUGGGGGAUUCAACCCUAGUGCUGUUAUUUUCUGUGCUUAUGGAAGUGAAAACCCGUUACGGCAAAAUCAGUUUCAAGAGUUGUUGCUUGGUCUUGAACUAACAGGAUUUCCGUUUCUUGCAGCACUUAAGCCCCCUAAUGGAUUUGACUCUAUUGAAGAAGCUUUUCCAGAAGGGUUCAGAGAAAGGGUUGAGGGAAGAGGGAUUGUGCAUGGAGGUUGGGUUCAACAGCAACUUAUCUUGGGACACCCUUCUGUUGGGUGUUUCAUAACACAUUGUGGAGCCGCUUCUAUGACUGAGGCGCUUGUGAAUACGUGUCAGUUGGUGCUGCUGCCACAACUUGGAGCUGAUCAUAUCAUUAAUGCAAGAGUGAUGAGUAGGAAAUUGAAGUUUGGAGUAGAAGUGGAGAAAGGGGAAGAAGAUGGCUUGUUCACAAAAGAAAGUGUUUGCAAAGCUGUGAAAACUGUGAUGGAUGAUGAGAAUGAGGUUGGAAGAGAAGUGAGAGAAAACCAUGCCAAACUGAGGAACUUUUUACUGAGCGAUAACUUGGAGUCAUCAUGUGUUGAUAUUUUCUGUCAACAACUUCAAGAUUUAGUAUAAAUUCAAAAAGAUCAAGAUGUUUAUCUCUUGUUUGCAAAUAAAUAUGUUCAAUAAAUGUUUUGUUAUUAUU